AACUGACUAUAUAGCCUAAUAUACUUAACAAUGUCUUACCCGGCAAAGAAGGUCGAGGACGAGCCCGUGACCGGAACUCCGGUCGGCGUCAGCGCCCCCCCAGUGCAGGGCGCCGUCGGGGAGUGGUCGACCGGCCUCUGCGAUUGCUUCGAAGAUUUUGGCAACUGUUGCUUGACUUGCUGGUGCCCCUGCAUCACGUUUGGCCGCAUUGCAGAGAUCGUGGAUAGAGGCUCCACCUCAUGCGGAACGAGCGGAGCGCUUUACGCACUGAUAAUGUCCCUGACGGGUUGCCAAUGGAUAUACUCUUGUAUGUACCGGUCGAAGCUGCGGGCGGAGUACAACCUGCCGGAAUCUCCCUGCUGCGACUGCUGCAUCCACUUCUGCUGCGAGCCCUGCGCAUUGUGCCAGCAGCACAGGGAGCUCACAAACCGCGGUUUCGACGUCGCCUUAGGGUGGAAUCUCAACAUGGAACGGAGGGGAGGCGGAGGAGCGGUCAACCCACCGGGCAUGCAGCAGGGCAUGACUCGUUAAAAGAUGCUUUAAAUUGUGUCCCAAAUCUCCGGUGCCCGGUGUUACGAUAUUUACGCAAAUUGCCCUUAUAUGUAUAUGGUUUGGUCGUGUGUGUGCAUCUGUUUACCAGUUCGCUUUGAUUUGUUUUUCGUUUAUUUCGUUUGGUUUGGAUUGAAGAGGUCCGAUCUCAAUAAAACGAGUACGUUUUCUUCGUGUAUC